AGGACAUGACGUGAGGUGACGUGUUGAUGUGGGUGGGGUGCCGAAGCAAUGGUAUGAUGUGGUGUGGUGUAGAAUAGGCACGUUGGUCACUCACUGGUCACGCUGGUGAGUGCAGUGCGUGUAUGUGGUGUGGUGUGCUGCCAUUUAGUGGGGUGGGUGGGUUGAUCAGAUCAAUGCAUGAAUGCUCUUAUUGCUACUGGUAUGUAUGUAUGGUGCGUCUUGUGUUGUGAGACAGACAGACUGGUUUUGACUUUUGGUUCCCUCCCUCGACAAAUGAAUCAGUCAAGUCCCAUAUGAAUGCAAUGCAAUGCAAUGCAUGGAUGUCACUCACUCCCCACUCCACUAACACCGACCGCACAAAACAACCACAUACAUACCCAACGACACACGCCAUGCCGUAUGUAUCGACACACACUCACGAAGACCCCACCUCAACUCAACGCGCACGUCAACCAAGUCAGUCAGGCGAAGUUUUUGAAUGGGUUCCCACCGGUGCGUUCCAGCACCUCAGCCAACUCCAGGAAUCUUUCUUCUUUCUCGUCCAGCUCAGCCGACACCUCACCCAACUGCCCCCACAAGGCACUCAGCUCGCGACCCGACGCACCGCCGCCAUCGAUGGUCUGCUGCAAAGCCUCCUGCCGCCCCCUCAGCUGCUGGAUAAGCUUAGGCAGGAGGUUGACCUCUUUCUUCUCCGCAUUGCUCAGGGACGACUUGACGUUGACAUUAUUGGCUAGCGCUGCCGCUGCCGCUGCUGCUGGUGCUGCUGCUGGUGCUGUGGAUGUCUCGCUGUGUCUGGCGGCUCUCUUGCUGUCUUUCCUGUCGGCCUCCUUCUCCAUCUUCUGCUUUUCCCGAAAAUAGUCCAUGAACUCAUCGAAUGAGCAGUCAUAGCGGCGGAUGAUGCCGUCGCCUUCGAAUGAGAAGAGAGUGUCCGUCGUCCGGUCCACAAACGCACGAUCUGCGUAUGGAUGGUGUACAUCCGUUCAUCGGCUGGGCUGUGCUGGGCUGUACGUGUCGAUGUGUUGUGUAUGUGUGUACUUAGCUACCAUGUGAAGCGAUGACAACCACACCAGGAAAGGUCUCCAAAAAGUCUUCGAGUGCAGAGAUGGUCGCCAAAUCUGACAAAACACCACCAGCCUGCCCGUGUCUCUCUCUCUCUGUCAUCUCUCUUCACUCACCGAGGUCGUUUGUGGGCUCGUCGAGCAGGAGAAAGUUGGGCUCCUUGACCAGCACCGACAGCAGCUGCAGCCUUCGCUUCUCCCCGCCGCUCAGCCGAUCCACAUAGUCAUACCACCGGGUAGACGGAAACUGGAACUUGUUCAGCAGCACACGGACCCUCUCUUGCCGGCCUUCCAGGCUGCUCAUGGCCGGAGACCCCACACCGAAACCAGAGCCACCUUGCGAUGAUGCGUCGGCGGGCGUGCCGAGGUCCGACAGUUCCGAUACCAAAAAGUCGAACAGGCGUGUGUUUGGCGGGAAAUCGAGACCCGAUUGGCUGUAGUAGCCGAAGCGGACUGUCUGGCCGACCUCCACAUGGCCUGAUGUGAGGGGCUGCUGGCCGGUCAGGGUGCGGCAGAAUGUGGUCUUUCCACAGCCAUUUUUCCCGACCAAUGCAAUUCUGUCGCGGGGCGCAAACUGCCACACGCACACACACGCUAACACAAAGAGAUGACAGCCAGACGACACUGUGAGUCGGAAUGCUCUCCCUGUUGACCUGGUAGGUGAAUCCAUCGAGUAUGGUCUUGUCAUCGAAGGCCACCGUAGCGUCCUCAAAGGCCACGAUGAAGCUGCCGAGCCGCUGGGACGCCUUAACGCUGCUCAACGCCACCGUCUGCCUCGACGUCCUCUGCGUCUCCAGCCCCUCCUUGACCUUCGUCUUCAGCUCCUCCACCUCUAGCAGCCGCAGCUUCGAUUUUCGCUGCCGGGCUUUGGCGCCGCGUCGCAGCCACAGGAUCUCCUUCUUGAGCCUUGACUGAGCCGAUGCCAGUUGUGCCAGCUCGUUCUCCUCUAUUUUGGCCUUUUCUCGAAGAUAGUAGGCGUAGAGCGAGCCCUCGUAGCUGCCCUGGUAGACGUAGAGAUCCUUCAUGUCGAUCUCGAAGACGUGGCUGGCGACCUUGUCGAGGAAUGCCCGGUCGUGUGUGGCGAUGAGCACCGCCAUGUCGCCCGCUGCCACUGUCCUCUCCAGCCACUCGAUGGCGAAGAAAUCCAGGUGGUUUGUCGGUUCGUCCAGCAGCAGCACGUCCGGCCUUCGGAUGAGUGCCGACGCCAGCGCGACGCGCUUCCUCUCUCCGCCAGAGAGGUCCGAUAGCAGCCGGUGCUUCAGCCCCUUGAUGUCAAGCCCCUCGAGAACCUGGUCGAUGUACGUCUGGACGGACCAGGCUUCCUCUGCCUCCAUCUCUUUCAGUGCCCUCUCCAUUGCAGCAUUUGCCCUCAUCCUGUCGUCUACCAGGUGGGCUGAUGAGCCUGGAUCAUCCUGAUGCAUCCUGGCUUCGACGCCUUCGAGCUGCUGCAGCGUGUCGUAGUAGCGCCUCACUGUGGCGAGUAUGGGCACGUCGGCUGACCAGAUUGCGUCUUCGACGGUGGCCACACUCAUGCUGAUGGGACCAGAGGGGCCUUUCAGUGACACACCAUGCACCAGAGGGUCCUGCUCCACCUGGACACACACACACACACGCGCAGACAGGCACACGCAGAAACACAAGUGAAUGCCUCACACGAGCGCCAGCUGCUGCCUUGUUUGUGUUUGCUUACGUAGACAACUGAGCAUUGCCCUUGACGCUGCACUGUCCCCUCAUAUCCCUCCCUGUCGGCCAAUACGCGCAAUAAUGUGGACUUGCCGCACCCAUUCUUGCCCAGCAGAGCCACUCGCUGCCCUUUGUUCAGCGAGAAGCUGAGAUCCUUGAACUGAUAGGUCUCGCCAUCAUUGGCCUUGCUGAGGUCCUUGACGACGAUAAGCUCUGGCCCUGUCUGAGCCACGACAGCGUCCGCCAUCCUGAUGCCGACUCUGCUGCUGGUGCUGCUGCUGCUGCUGUGCAUUGGCCGCCGAUGCAGAUGGGGCACACGACGCAGUAGCCUGAUGGGUGUGACGAAAGAUGCUGGAGGCGUCCAUCGCUGGGCAGCAUGAUAGGCUUCGCAUCGCCAGCGCCAGAGGAAGAUGAAUAGCCAUGACGUUGCGCGGAUGAGAUCUACCCACACCAUCGCGAUGAGAACGAAUUUGAACAUUUCCUUCCUGCUCAGAAGUGCAAGUCGGUCCAGGGUUUAGGGUCUAGGGUUCAUAGGCCGACGAAGGGCGGACCGGCGUCGACGACAGACGCGCAUGACACGUAUUGAAUACAAUACACGCACCAAAAGGUCUCUCUCGCUGUUAUGAAUGCAUGCAGCCAUGCACUGCACGCACUGCACCAGGCUAUCUAUGUCACACCCAGCGGAAGACAGAUCUCAGUCGACCGACUAACGCACUCACUCACAAUCGGAAUCCGAAUAUCCCUCCGAUUAUUCUCAAGAUGAAAUUGCCGAACCGGCCGAACAUCCGCACCAUGGUCCGCAGGGCCGUCAGGUAGAGGGCGUUCUUGACUAUCCGCCCCGCCAUCUGCACCAUCGGGUUGCUGAAGAUCUCACUCAGUGCCUUGGGCAGGCUCGGCUGGGGAGGUGGCACAUUGCCCUGCCCACCGCCCGUCGGCCCUCCCGCCCCCGGCUGCUGCUGCUGCUGCUGCUGCUGUCCGGCCCCCGCCUGCCGGAAGAGGUUCUCAAAGAGACCUUGGAAGGGCGGCGGGACGCCCGGGCCUCCACCCAUGCCACCGAAGGGCUGCUGAGGGCCACCGAAGCCGGCUCCUGCUGGGCCCAGGUCCCUCUCUCCCACCUGCUGCUGGGUGGUGCGGCCGUCGGGGGUGCGUGUGGUGAGGAUGGUCUGCUCGAUCAGACGGCCGUCACGCUGGAUGAUGACCCGCUGGUAGGAGGUGGAUGAGGCCCCCAUGCCGUUGAACCCACCCAUGCCCAUCCCCGGCAUGCCGCCGGGGAAGCCGCCCAUGCCGGGCAUCCCAAACGGACCUCUCAUCCCCCGCAGACCCCCAAAUAAUCGCAUGAGCUCCUCGAGCUCAGCUUGGUUGACGCGACCGCCGAAAGCCCCCGGCCCCCUCCCUCCCGCGCCUCUGGCCCGCAUGGCGGCCGAGAGGAUCUCCUGGAGAAUCUGAUUGACACUCCUGUUGCCGAACAUCUGGCGGAAGAUGGCCUCGGCCUCCUCGGGAGUCAUCCGGUGGCCGCCGGGGAACCCGCCAGGGAAGCCACCUGGGAAGCCGCCUGGAAAGCCCUGCGCACCUCCAGGGAAGCCUUGGGCGCCGCCUGGGAAGCCGCCUCCGCCACCUCCCAUACCCGCACCGCCCCCUCCGAAGCUGCGGAACGAGUCGUAUUGGCUGCGCUUGUUGCUGUCGGAGAGGCACUCGUAUGCCUCGGCGAUGUUGCGGAAAUUCUUCUCGGCCUCUUCGCGCUUGUCGGGGUUUCUGUCUGGAUGCCACUGACAAUGACACGACACACACAGCCAACCCAACGCACACACGGACAGCAAGCAGACACAUGAGGGCCAGAAAAGGCUUGCGGACAUGAGAGCUGCAGGCAUGUGUUGUCAUCAUAUACCGACCUGAAGUGCGAGUUUUCGGUAGGCCUUCUUGAUGUCGUCUUGACUGGCUCCCCUGUCGACGCCAAGACGUUCAUAAAAGUCUUCAGAAGAUGUGUUGGCGAACCACCGGUGCUGUGUGUGCGGCACCCGCGCCCUGCUGGCGAUGAUCCUCCGGAAGGACGGCAGCGCAGCGCACGCCGAAAGAGCGCGAACGCCACCAAAUAAAACGGGCAGCGCAGCGCCAUGGGUAUGGGUCAGCAGCGGUGCUGCAUGCCGCUGCAGGACAUACCGCAGCUCUCUUCUCAUUGUCUUGAUCUUGGGAAACAGUUGCUGAGCAUCGCUCCUUCCACCAUCGAAAGCCUUCUCACAGCUGAAGAAGUCUGAUUUCUCAGUGUCACUCAGAAGCCCUUUGUGAAGACAGAGGCUAUUAAGCUCGCGUUCCGAUCG